AUGUUCGCACAAAAACUAACUCCUCCCAUUCCCUCCGAGGAUAUUCGUCAAGAGGCCAAGAAAGCUUUCGGAUUUGACUUGAAAAAUGAACAGCUUGACAUCGUGACUAAGAUAGAAGAACGUCAAGAUUGCAUCCUAAUCGCUGGUACUGGAUGGGGGAAGACGUUGAUCUAUUUUUUCCCUCUAAUACUUUGGCCAAAAACCACCAUACUCAUUGUUACACCACUGAAGGUGUUGGGUGACGAGCAGGUUGAAAAGCUGACAUCAUUAGGCAUCAAUAGCAUUCAUCUUAAGAGCGAAAUGUUCAUUCCGAUCCAAAGCUUGAUAGAAGGACGCUAUAAAGCCAUAUUCGUUUCACCAGAGAUCCUCUUUGCGAGCAAUGCGCUCAGUACACUUUGGAUGGAUCAGUGUUGGAAGCGCCGAUUGCUUGCAGCAGUUGUGGAUGAGGCACACUGCAUUGGGACAUGGGGUGGAAAAUUCAGAACGGAUUACGAGAAACUUGGAUAUCUGCGCUCUUUUGUAGAUCGAGGCACUUGCUUUGUCGCUGUUUCUGCUACUCUACCACCUCAGCUUCUAUCGAAUGUCAAAAUAGUGAUGCGCUUCAAAGAUCCCUACGUGGUCAAAGUUGAAUCCUUGAUUACUCAUGGCAUAGAUUACCAGAUUCUUCAUAUCCUGGAUCAGUGA